UGACGUGCACUCACAUAGGAAGUCAACUGCAGGGCGGAACACUUCAGGGACAUUUCACCAGAAGAGGUCUGCCACUGACAGGAAUACUCCAAAUACUAUACCACGUUGCACGGGACCACCCUGUUGAGCAGGACAACCGAAAUCAUCUCAGGGAAGCCAAUGCGUUUCAACCGGAAAAUGUGGACAAGUUGCAGCACCUGGGGAUAUAACUCAAUUGUUUUCUAAAGGAUCUGGCUGAGGAGGUCUAUCGGGGUUGAGAACGUCCGCUUUGGUUCUGAGGCCUUUUCGACAGCCUUCUGGGUUCAUUUGAACCCAAAUCAUGACGUUUUUCUCUACUAAAUAGGCUGUUCCUUCUUCCAUGUGACAAGUCUCACACACGACACUCAGGAAAUCCGGUACUGUCUAUCCUCAACCACUAGAGGGUAACGUUUGAUAACAGAAAGGAAGUAUUUCUUUCUAUUAUUUACAAUAGUUAUACUGAAUUUAAAAUAUAACAUUUUUUAUAUAUAUUAUCGAAUAAGUGAGUCGUUUGUUAUCUCUGUAAACUACUUUUGUUACAAGCUAACACCAGUUAGUUAGACAAAAUUCAAAUGAGAGGAACUGAUUUAAUAGUUUUAUGGUCUAGUAUGGUGGUGCUAACCAAGACACAGUAAUACACUUUUAAUUGAGUCUUUUGAGUUGUAAAUUCUGGGAAGGAUAUGAGGAAACGAAUUAGAAGUAUCAUGAUCGGUCAUUAACAACAGGUGUGAGGCCGAACCCCAUCAGCUGACGUGAGAAAGGAAGCUGCUGCCAGGAAAGGUCGUGUUGCUCUAUUGUUUGGGAAACAUUUGACUUGUAAAGAAAUAUGAGGGCGGCAGAGCUGUAACCAGAGCGGCUAAGUUUACAGAACUCAACUUCAAGGGAGGAAACAUGUUGCAAAAAAUCUUUCACGGAUUGGCCCUUUUUGCUUUUUUAAGUGUGGCCUGUUUCAUUCUGUUUCUAUUCAACAACCAAGAAAACACUUUUAAUCUUUUUUCAAAGUCUUAUCGUCUUCAAAAUCGCAGCGACACACUUCCCCAAGUCCUAAAUGCUAGUCACAUAGAGACACCGAUGCCACCCACUAAAAUCACGACUUUGGGACGCUGUCCCGAAACCCCCCCGGAUCUUGUGGGUCCAAUGCUUGUGGAGUUUGCUUCUAAACGGACUCUGGAUCAGGUGAAAGAGCAAUAUGGUUAUGCUCUUCAACAAGGGGGCCGGUACAAGCCGUCGGACUGUAUCGCACAACAGAAGGUGGCGAUCAUCAUCGCGUUCCGCAAUCGGCACGAGCACCUCAUUUAUUGGCUGCAUUACCUCCAUCCGAUACUGAUGCGACAGCAGUUGGACUACACGGUGUACGUCAUCAACCAGGAUGGAGAGGGCGUGUUCAACCGGGCUAAACUGAUGAACGCAGGCUACGUGGAAGCAAUGAAGGAGUACGAUUACGACUGCUUUGUCUUCUCUGACAUAGAUUUGGUCCCUAUGGACGACCGUAACCUCUACAGGUGCUUUGACAACCCUCGACACUUGGCUGUGGCCAUGGACAAAUUCAACUUCAACUUGCCCUACAACUCGUACUUCGGCGGAGUUUCCGCGCUGUCUAAAAGCCAAUACCUGAAGAUCAACGGCUUCCCGAACACCUACUGGGGCUGGGGGGGUGAGGACGACGAUAUCUACGGGCGAAUCGUCUUCCGCGGCAUGAGCAUUUCUCGACCCGACUCCGUGAUCGGAAAGUACAGGAUGAUCAAACAUAACAGGGACCUGCACAAUGAGGCUAAUCCAGAGAAUCCUGGUAAACUACGCCAAACCGCACAGACCAUGGACAAAGACGGCCUCAACUCUCUCAAAUACACAGUCAAAGAGAUUAAGAAGGACGUACUGUACACCUUCAUCAACGUGGAUAUUGAGGCCCCGAUAAAAUGACGGAAGAUGGAACCCGUGGGUCUCGGACUGCUGUGAUUUAUUGGUCUUUCAGGAUUUAUUAAUGUGAGGGCGUGUUCUGUAGUGCUGCUGUUUGUCUUGGUGUAUGCACACCUGUGCUUGUGUGUGGGCCGAAAUGAACUUAAGUGUACGUAAUGAAUACUGAGUGCAGAUGUGCAGUUUUGUUUUUUUAUCAGUUGCUUCGGCACAAUCCUCAAAUAACCGCUGUUACUCUGAAAAUAGAAAGUGAAUUAUUUAUGGAGGUCAUUUCUCAUGGCUUCCACACAUAAUGUGAAUGUGGAGGAUCCUUUGAAGGCACCUGUGGAGCGUCGGGCCGCUCUGUGGAUUCGGAGACCCCAACUGCUCAUGAGGAAAGCUGGCAGUUUGGAUAAGUAGACUCAUCCAUUUAUAUAUAUAUAUAUAUAUAUAUAUAUAUAUAUAUAUAUAUAUUACACGGGAGUAUAAUAAAUAUAGGGUUUUAUAUUGUGUCAUUUAGACAAUAUUUUUCUAAAUUCUACUGUUUUUUGUGAAUACAAUUGUCUUCACUGUACAAUGCGGUGAUGAAAUAAAAAGGCGAAAGGUCAUUUUGGUGGCAGGGACGCACAGGUUGAUGUAUCUUAUUUAUUUGAGGAUGGUGGGCUUUCUUUCUUUUAUUCAUGGUUAUUUAUUCAUGGGUUUUUGGAACAAAAUGGUGUUCUGCAUACCUGAUGUCUUCAGUUAAGAUGUCUUCUUUGCUGCUAUACAAAAUAAUAUUUCACCAAAUACAAAAUGUUCCUAUUUACAGUUGUUUUGAACUGAGGUAUAAUAAAUUCUGCAAGUUUCAAUCAA